AAUGUAUUUAUUUUAUUACUUUUCUAGAUUAAUAAAUUGCCAUGGACCGCUUCGAAUAUAUAGAAGCACGUUUGUUUGAAGGAGAAAAUUACAUUAAACGGGAUAAAAAUGUUAAGAUUUAUGAUGGCGACGAUAAGGUAUUUUUAGAACUAUAUUUUAUUCUAAGCUCAUAUCGGAUGCAAUGUCUCCAAUAAUUUUUAAUUUUAUCAGCUUAUUCUCAUUUCAGACUCAAUUUACAGAUGGCGAAGUAGUACUUACUACCCACAGAAUAUUAUGGGGUAAACCAGGCGAUAUACCUAGAGGAUUAGUUUGCCUGUCACUACAUCUUUAUUAUGUGUUUUGUAUUGAAGAAGAAAGUGGUGGAGUUUUUGGUCUAGGUGGACCCAAAAGAAUAAUACUAAAUUUAUCCCCUUCACUACCAGGUAAACGACCAGGCCCAGCAGUAGUUAGUACAUACCAUUUUUUAAAGUUAUCAUUUAAAGAUGGUGUUGAUCCAGCUUUUUUUAAAGCCUUAUAUGAUGCCAUUGCGGCCAAAGAAUGGGAAAGUCCCUCAACAGUAGCAACAUCAUUAAGUGUAUCAAGCCCAACUACAUCAGCAAAGCCAUCUGGACCAACAGUCAACUCUAAAAUCAGAUCUGGAAUAGUUGGUAUUGAAAGAAGCAUAGAAGAACAACACAGAGCUACUGAUCAAAGUAUAUCUGUAGCUUUCCAGGAUUUGACAAAACUAAUGGAGAAGGCUAAAGACAUGGUGGCUAUUUCAAAGGCUAUUUCAGCUAAAAUCAGGGAGAAACAGGGUGAUAUAUCAGAAGAUGAUACAGUAAGAUUCAAAUCUUACCUAAUGAGUCUUGGUAUUGAUGAUCCAGUCACUAGAGAUACAUUUAGAUCUGAUUCAGAUUACUAUAUGGGGCUAGCUCAACAGUUAUCUGACAUGAUGGUUGGUGUAUUAAUGGAUUGUGGAGGUAUUAUGUCCUUAGCUGAUGUAUGGUGCCGGGUUAAUAGAGCAAGAGGAUUAGAGCUUAUAUCACCAGAAGAUUUGUUAAAUGCUUGCAAAUUGCUGCAGACUAUAGAUGCACCUUUGUCCUUACGAAAAUUUCCAAGUGGUGCAUGUGUAUUACAACUAAACAGUCAAAGAGAUGAGGAAGUGGCCAAGAACAUAAGUGGAUUGCUUGAAGAAAACGAAACAUUAACGCCCGUGAAGCUGUCGCAAAUCGCCAACGUGUCGGUGCUUUUGGCCCGCGAACAUCUGCUUAUAACUGAGCGCUUAGGAAUGGCGUGCCGAGACGAAUCCAUGGAGGGGCUAGCUUUUUAUCCUAAUUUGUUUUUAAGAGAAUCUGCUUCAUAAAUUUAAUUGUUACUAAAGAACUGAGUUUUUAUUAUGUAACCCAUAAAGCGCCAUCUAGUGGGUUAUAAUUUCAUAAUAACAACAUGCAACCCGAGAAUUUUAUUGCACUUCUUUGAAACACAACUAUCGUUAUGAGAAUUGUUUGAAUAUUCCGGUUGGUGGGUGCUAACGACUAAAGAUGCAGGCGGGAUCAACAGCUCAAUGUGCCUAACCACUUAGCACGAUCGAUAUUGGUUAACGGCUAUCUACACUGCUGCGGUAAUAUAGACGCUUUAGAAGUAUGCCGCAAUAACGCGCCUAUGGGGUGGAGCAUAGACAGUAUUAGCGAGAUGCAUCAUCCUAAGGCUGUAUUCUUGUCGUUACGUCCGUUGGGUGGCUUCUUGACAUUUUGACGCGUAUCAAGAUCGCAUUCAACUAUUCGAAUUCGAUAAUGGUUCGUGUUAUGGAUAUAAGUUCAUGAAAUGUACAGUCAACAGUAAUUAUGAGACUUCCACAAAGUUCUAAAUCUUCAAUGUAGUUACAACUUUUAGCUUAACUACUAAGGUUGAGAUUUGAUAAUCGAU